ACCAUGCCAGCUCUGACCUUCUCCCACCCUUGCAGGAUGCAGAGGUGGCCGGUGCUGCUCUUCCUGGCCUGGGCCUGUUUCCUCUUCUUCUCCGGCAUCGCUCUCUUCACCAGCGGCUUCCUGCUCAUGAGGAUCGAGCUCACCAACCGCAGCUCCUGCUCGGACCCGCUGGCCGCCCCGGCCUGGGCCGGGCAGGGGGUCGCUCCCGGCGCCUGCUGGAUGCCCCGGCGCGUCCCCAAGGCCGUGCUGCUCAUCAUAGACGCCCUGACCUUCGAGUUCGCCCGCUUCGACCCAGCCAAGGCGCGGCCCCGGCCCUACGAGAACAAGCUGGGCUUCCUGCACCAGCUGGCCGGCUCCCAGCCCCGCCACGCCCGGCUCUACCGCUUCCGAGCCGACCCGCCCACCACCACCAUGCAGCGCAUCAAGGGCAUCACCACCGGCUCCCUGCCCACCUUCAUCGACGUGGGCAGCAACUUCGCCUCCUACGCCAUCGAGGAGGACAAUCUGCUCGGGCAGCUGGUGGAGAACGGGAGGAGAGUGGUCUUCAUGGGGGAUGACACCUGGGAUGGACUCUUUCCCCAGAAGUUCUUCCGCUCGUAUUUCUUCCCGUCGUUUAACGUGAAGGAUCUUCACACGGUGGACGAUGGGAUCCUGCAGCACCUCUACACGACUGUGGAUGGUGGUGAGUGGGACCUGCUGAUCGCUCAUUUCCUGGGUGUGGAUCAUUGUGGGCACAAGCAUGGACCAGACCAUCCAGAAAUGGCCAAGAAACUCACCCAGAUGAACGAGAUGCUCAGGUCGCUGGUGGAUCACCUGGCGAACGACACCCUGCUGCUGGUGGCAGGGGACCAUGGAAUGACGGAGACUGGGGACCACGGAGGAGACAGCGAGAAGGAGGUGAACGCGGCACUCUUCGUGUACAGUAAAACGCCUCUCUUUGGAGCCCACCUUCCCGAGGAGCCGGAAACCAUCCCGCAGGUGAACCUGGUGCCCACGCUGGCCCUGCUGCUGGGUGUGCCCAUUCCCUACAGCAACAUCGGGGAGGUGAUGGCUGAGCUGUUCUCGGGGGACGGCGGCGCUGCUUCGGCAGCACUCAGUCAGCUCUCGGCGUAUCGCAUCAAUGCCAGACAGGUGGACCGUUUCCUGCACUCCUACUCGCUGGCUGCCCAGGACCUGCCGGCUGAGCGGCUCCGGCACCUGCGGGAGCUUUUCUCUGCCGCGCUGGAGGAGCACGACCGGCUGCUGGCCCAAGUGCGGGAGGGGCUGCCUGCAUCGCCCGAGCUGGAGGCCAGGCUGGGGCGACUGGUUGGCCGCUUCCAGCAUUACCUGCGGGAGGCCCGGGCCGUGUGCAUGGAGUCCUGGGCCCGCUUCCACCCCCUGCGCAUGGUGGCUGGCUGUGCGCUCAUCGCCGCCUCCUGCCUGCUCUGCUGUGUCGCCUCGGAGCUGGCGGCGGCCCUGGACUUCUCCUACCGAAGCCGCCUCCUGUACCCGCUUCUCUGGGGCCUGGCGGUGGCGGCUGUGCUGGGGCUGGCCCGCCUGCUCACCAGGGAGGGGCUGGACCUCAUUCUGGUGGGGUCGUGGUCGGCUGCCGCCUCCCAGCUGGCCUUCUUCUGGCACUCGUGGGGCCGCCGACCCCGUCGAGCCCAUUUGGCCGGUGUCCAGCCGCCGGUGGCCAGCGCAGGCCUGUGGCAGAGAUUGCGAGCGUGGCAGGGGCUGGUCCUCCCCAUGGGCAUCCUCUUCAUCCGGUGCUGCGCCAUGUUCUCCGACAGCUUCGUGGUGGCCGAGGCCCGGGUGGCUCCGUUCCUGCUCGCGUCCCUGGCCAUCCUGCUGGUGGGCAGGCUGCACUGGCACGGCCGGCUGGCCGCUCCGGAAGCCCCCAAGCAACCCCCAGGCUCUGCCUUUUCCCAGAAGGAGAGCUGGCAGCUUCUGGGCCUCCUGGCCGUGCUCCUGGCCUGCCUGCGCCUCUCAGGCCUUUUCCACCAGUGCCGCGAGGAGAUCCCGCACUGCCAGCCCUCGCCCUUCCUGGCCCCCCUCUCCAGCCUGCAGAGCACUCAGGCCAAGAACCUCUUCUACCUCCUGUGCGUGGCCUCGCUGGCCGGGCUGGUCUACGCCGUGCGGCGCUGGCUGCGGCACUACGGGAACCUGAACAGCGCCGGCCCCCUGGUGCUGUUCGUGCGCUGGGCCUUCCCGCUGCUGGCCGUCUGGAUCGCUUGCUACUGGGCCGUCACCUCGGGGGCGGAGGACGCGCUGGGCAAGCUGCAGGAGCUGGUGCAGGUGGCGCUGGUGGGCUUCCCACGGGCCGUCUACGGCCUGGCAUCCCUGGGGCUCCUGCUGGCGCUGUGGAGGCCCGUGACGGUGUUCGUGAAGGACAGCCGGGAGUCAGUGGGGCCCAUUGUAACCCCUUAUCAGGGGGCCCCCAGCUCCCACGCCGAGCUCCAGCACGUCAUCCCACAGAUCUACAGGAGGAUGCAGGAGUCUCUGAAGACCCAGCUAGACAGGGGUCACCGGAGGGCCACGGUGGCAGCCUACGGCCUGGGGAGCGUGUACUCAGCCGCCCUGGUCAUAGUGCUCACCCUGCUGGGCCUCCUCCUGCUCAGCCUGCACAGCGAGAGGAUGAGCCUCGCCUUCCUGCUGCUCUUCCUGGAGGGCUUCGUGCUGCUGCGGCUCCACGCCUGGCUCGUCAGCCUCGCCGGGGACGCCGAGCCCUUUGUGGUCCCCUGGUACGCGGUCACCGCCUGGGUCUUUGCUGCCACCCAGUUCUUCUAUUCCACGGGCCACCAGCCCAUCUUCCCAGCCAUCCACUGGCACGCAGCCUUCGUGGGCUUCCAGGAGGGCCACAGCACCCACCUGCUGCCCGCUGUCCUGGUGGGGGCCAACACGUUCGCCUCCCACAUCCUCUUUGCAGUUGGCUGCCCUCUGCUCCUGCUCUGGCCCUUCGUCUGUGAGGCGCCCAACUCCCAGAGGAGGAAGCUGAAGAAGGAACUGCGGGAGGAGCUUCAGGAGGAGGAGGAGCCCAUGAUGGAGAUGCGGCUGCGGGAGUCUCCGGAGAGGUUCUCCGCGGCUCUGCUGCAGCUGGGGCUCAAGUACCUCUUUGUGCUUGGCGUGCAGCUCCUGGCCUGCGUCUGGGCAGCCAUGAUCCUCAGGAGGCAUCUCAUGGUCUGGAAGGUGUUUGCCCCAAAGUUCCUCUUUGAGGCUCUGGGCUUCAUAGUGAGCAGCAUCUGCCUCCUGCUGGGGAUUUUCCUGGUGAUGCGUGUGGAUUGCGCGGUCAGCGCCUGGUUUGAGCAGCUCCAGCCCAGGUAGCAUCUGAGCAGCCGAGAUGCAGGGAACCCGACGUGGAGCAUCGUCCCCUGAGGUGACGGCUGGGUCCCUGCUUCGCAAGGCCAGGCAGGACCUGGGAGCCGCCACCAUGGACAGUAGCUGGGGAUUAUCCCCGUCUCCCUGCUGGGUGCGACAGGGCGGGGCCGGCUGGUCUCUGGCCUCACUCAUUGUGUCAUCGAACUCUGAGCUCAACUUCAUUGCCUCCCGCCAGGUGGGUUUGGAGCCCAGGCCAGGCACAUUCGGCUGCAACGAAGGGUCUGUUGGGGGAGGAGAUGAAAGCACAAAGCCUCAAGUGCCCUCCUGUAGCUGGGUCUUACUGGGAUUUCCCCGACAUGUCUCCUCGCUGGGCAGAACACACCGCAGGCCACAGCAGGGCUGUGCGCUGCCUCGGUGUUUGCUACCUCGCCUGGGGCAGAGACGGGGCCUCGUCUACUGAGGAGCUCCAGGGGUGUGUGGGCACCAGAGGAGUGAGCUCCCUGUUCCCUGCCCAUGCAGCAGCCUCCUCCCGGUCCCUGGCUCCCAAAGAGGGGAGUCUGGGCAGCGCACGUCCCUGGGCCCGAGGCUGCUCCACCUGUGCUGAAGGAAGAAUUGUCUGCUACCAUGUGAUGGGGACGCCUCCUGCCUCACUGAUUCUAGUCUUCCUCAGGGCUGUGCGUGGGUGUGCCGCACCCUGCUGAAGAGUGUGUUUGUGUGUGUGUGUGUGUGAGAGAGAGGCCAGAGAAGCCUGCACAGCAUGGUGCUUUCAGAUGGUACCUGGGGCUGGGUUAGCAAUAGUCUCUACAAAGUCUGUGUGAAACUGCUGGGGAAGGAGACAGCAAGGAGGGAGGGAGUUGUGCCCAGGAAUAAAAUCCUCUCUGAGCCAGGGCUUCAGCCUUUUCUGGUAUCCAAACAGAGGCCUCGGCUGUAGCAGCCACUGCCCCCGUCUCCUGUCCGGGUGCAAGCCCUUCAAUCUGCUGUGGAGCUGUGGCUGCUCGUAACCCCAAUCUUGCGAUGACGAGUGACCCAAGCAGCGUGGCUGGUUAAUGAGCACAGCUGAAUGGCAGCCAGGUAGUGACAGGGCCUAGUAGCAAGGCUCCUUGUUAAAGGAGGAAGGGAGAGCCAAGAACUGCAGGCCGAGCCACUGGCAUGGGCUCAUUGGUGACCAGAGCUCGGUGCUUGAAAGCUUUUAGGAGCAGAUAACGCCCCGGCAGGACUGAUAGCUUAGCGCCUGCAGAAACGCUGGGGCACCACCUGGGGUCGAGGUUGGGCCACAUCUCAAGCUCGUCAGGGUGGGGCCUGGCCGCGUGGCUGGAAGAUCUGUAAGAAAACCCCAAGUGCUGCAGGUGGGGGUGGGGAUUCAGAGCACGGUGCUUUUUGCGGUACUGACCUGGGUGCUCCAGCCAAGGGUGUUGUGCUGCUUUGGGUGACGUCUCAAAGGAGCUGUCCCAACCUCACUCCUCCUGUUUAUGAUCAGGAGAUUGUAUCCCUUCUCCGCAGGGGUUACCCAUGGGGCCUGGCUAAAUUCCAUUCUGCCUCCCUAAAGUCCCCCUGCAGUUAGGGUCGUCUUCACUUCCUGCCCUAAGCCAUUGUGAUACUACUUGGUGCUAUUAAACCCUGCUGUCUCCCCCCGGGGUGGGUGAAGUGAUCUGUGCUGGGUGAAGCAGCUCUCGAGGGCAAAAGGAGCAUUGAGCCCCGUCUCUUUCUGGCUUUGAACCAGAGCUGUACGUGUCUGACUUCAGUUCACUGUGCUGUGGCUAGAGCAGUUCUGGGCCCUGCCUCUGGGUCCUUUUGUGGCCCCCAAAGUUAUCCUGGCUGCUGAACUGCUGCUGUUCGCCCUGAAGCGCCCAGCUGGUCUGAAGGGGGCGUGUCUUGUGGGUGGGUUUGGUUAGUCGCUGUAAUCCUGGGGGUCCUGUGUUUGCCCUCCCUGGGGUAGUAGCUGCACGGGUUGGUUAGAUGGGGUCACCUGUUACAGGAUGGUUCUCUGCUGCAGCUGCUAGUGCAGACCCUAUUGAGUCCUGCUGGCCAGUUCGCAGGGAUUGCCCCGUGGGCACGUGACUGGAAUGGGGGCAGGUGGCAUUAGAGCUCCAGGCAACUCGCAUUACGGAAGCCAGGGAGCAACCCCCACUGUGUCACCUGCAUUGCUGCGGUGCCCAGCCGUGCCGCCUAGUCCGUAGCCGCUAGUCUGAAUGGCCUUGCAGUCCAACUCUCUGCAGUCUUUAAAGCUGUAUUACUGUCCCACAACAUCCCUGUUCUGGGCUUUGCUUUCCCCUUCUCCCAAAUGUCAGCCGACCUCCCUUUCUUCAGGAGCUUUCACUGCACUGCUCAGCACUUCCGUGCAUGUCACUGGAGAGCUCCGUGCGCUUAGCAGCUAACGGCCUCCAGCCUUCCCCCUCCGCCCAGUCAGCUCUGGAUUAUCCCUGUUUUACAGAUGAGGACCCUGAGGCGCUUGUGGCUGUGGUGUGCCCACGGUCACACAAUGAGUUUGUGGGCAAGCAGGAACACAGCCCAGGAGUCCUAGCUCCAUGAAAAGCACAAAACUCUACCGCCCCCCAGCCCCCAUUUAACUCAUGCUGUGUCCCCUUCCAGCUCAGGGUUGAUUUUGAAUCUUGUAUCUUUAAAAUGUUUAAAUCCCCUUGUUCUUGUAGCUACAGGGUGGUCUGGUGAAUCUGGGAGCUGGAACUCCUGCUUUCUGAUCCCAGAUCUGCCACAGAAUGUGUGACCUUGGGCAAAUCACCCUGCCUCAGUUUCCCAGUCAAUAAAAUAGAAAUAAUCUAAUUCCAUAGAGACCCCCCCCCCCCCGAUUUCCCUAAACGGGGAUUUUAGUAGGUUGGGACCUGGGGCCAGGAGGAUCAUCCAUCAUCUGCUCCUCAAACUUGUCGCUCCGCACUACUAGGGCACUGUGCAGAGACACGAUCCGUGGGAUGCAGGCCUAGCCUCUCAUGGGCCCCGUAGAUCAGGACCAGUACCUAGAAAUGGAUCUGGUGAUGCCCGUCUGUCUGUGCAGGUGUAAAACUCCAUUCUGGCCGUGCACACUCCAGCCAAGGGUUGGACAAGAGCAGUGUGUGCAGAGCUUUGGCAUGGGAGAGCCAUAGACACAUUUGUGAGAUUGGGUCUAAUUUCUAAAGCCUGGGUGGGAAAUCUCUAUCAAACCUCCCCAAGAGGUGGGAGCUGGUCACAGCCUGUGUUCUCAAGGCCUUUGUCCUGUUUGGUUUAUUCCACAGCUUCACAUAUGUCAGCUGUCAGCACCAGUCUACAGUUAAGCCUGUUUCCUUUUGCUCCCAUUCAUCCUAUUUCUGUUUAUGCUCCUUUAAAUGUUUUAAACCAUUCGCCUCCCUUAAGGGUGCCAACACUCUCUCAGGAGGUUGCUGGGUAUUGCACCCCAUUGCCCGAGGGGAGGUUGUGUGGUCCAGCAGACAGCACCCACAGCUGGGAUUCAGGAGACCUGACUGCCAUUGACUGACCCAUGUGGCUUUGGGCAAGUUGCUUCCCCUUGUUGUGCCUCAGGGACCCCGUCUGGAAAAUAGGGGAAACAGCCAUUUAUGUAAAGCACUUUGAGUGGGCGGGAGCAAAGUGCUGUAAAGAUGCUGGGCACUAACAGGUAUCUCUGUGAAUCUGAUUGUCACUUUUCUUUCCGCUGGAGCAACUCAGCCUACAGGUGGAAGUGGCUCUGGAGUCUCUGCCAGUGAGUCGAGAUUUAUAACAAAGAGACAGGAGGGGGCAACUUGGCAGCUGUGGUUCAUCUAAAAGCAUCACCUCUGGACCACUCCAGUCAUUGAGACAGAGUUGGCGAGUGCUCCAGAGGAGCGGGAAACGGGAAGCCUGUGUUCUCUUUUCAGGUCUGUAACUGACUUGCUGUGGUCUUGGGCAAAUUGUUUCACUUCUUGUGUCUCAGUUUGCCUAAAAUUGCGAUAAUACUGACCUACCUUAACAGGGGUAUUGCAAGGCUGAGUUGUCUGUAAAAUGCACUGAGACCCUCAUUGAAGGAGCUAGAAACUAAUUAACGGUUUUGUUUAAUUAUAUAAUUACUAGGUGGUGGGGAAGAUUUGCUUUGUGAGUUUGGAUGUUGCUUCUCCUAACUAAAUCCAAGUACGGUAACUUUGUGAGUGGUCUCUGAGCCCAGUUCCAGCUUACUCCCAUUUCUAGGCUAUUGUCUGUUAACCUCCUUUUAGGGAAAAUGGAAAGUGAAAGAUUAAACUUGAGAAUGUUAGCAGGUGGCAGGAGGCCCCUGCAGUUGGUCUGGUUCUGUGCUGCAGCAAAACUGAUCCUUGCAAAUAAAGUGUGAGAUUCAAAAUG